UCGCGCUUGCAUUUGUUCCCCCUUCUUUUCCCUUUCAACGACUCUUCUCCCUCCGACGAAAACCCACAACAGACCACUGCGCUGUCAUCUCCGCAAUCUCCAGUGGUCAACGCAACAGAGAGGAUCGGAAACGCCGCCACGACCGUCGUCGGAUGGCCCCCAAGCUUGAAUCCUUCCAUUACAACUUCGAGCAGCGGAGCAACGAACGGCUCCUCUCCUCCACCAUCCUCUACCACGAACCUUACCCCCGGCAGCGUGGCUGCUUCCACCGCCUCGCCGACGGGGCCGCAGCCACGUGGGCUUGCCUCUGCGGGCUGGCCGUCGAGGGCUGGGAGUUCGGUCGGUCGGACCCCCGUAAGGUCGUGUUCGCCGCCAAGAUGGGCCUCGCCCUCACCAUCAUCUCCCUCCUCAUCUUCCUGAGGGUGACCUUCCAUGACCUCUCCAAGCACUCCGUCUGGGCCAUCCUCACCGUCGUCGUUGUCUUCGAGUUCAGCAUAGGUGCCACACUAAGCAAAGGGCUUAAUCGGGGUUUAGGAACACUACUUUCUGGAGGCCUUGCUCUAGGAGUUGCAGAAAUAGCAACCCUGACCGGAGAUUGGGAGGAAGUACUUGUAAUUAUUAGUAUCUUUGUUGUUGGAUUUUUUGCAAGCUUUAUAAAGCUCUACCCGACGAUGCAGCCUUAUGAAUACGGCUUUCGAGUUUUCUUGCUCACAUUUUGUUACAUUGUGGUGUCCGGAUAUAGGACAAGGGCAUUUAUGGAGACUGCAGUCAGUCGGUUUAUACUAAUUGCGCUUGGUGCAGGCAUUGGGUUGGGAGUAAAUAUUUGCAUUUAUCCAAUCUGGGCAGGAGAGGAUUUGCACAACCUAGUAACAAAGAACUUCACUGGUCUAGCCAAGUCUUUGGAAGGUUGUGUCAAUGGAUACCUUCAGUGCGUUGAAUAUGAAAGGGUUCCUUCAAAAAUUCUAACAUACCAAGCUUAUGAUGAUCCUUUGUACAGUGGGUACAGGUCUGCUGUUCAAUCAACAAUUCAAGAAGAUGCACUUUUGAGUUUCGCUAUCUGGGAGCCACCACAUGGUCCUUAUAAAAUGUGGAAUUAUCCCUGGAAGAACUAUAUCAGAGUUAGUGGUGCGCUCAGGCACUGCGCCUUCAUGGUUAUGGCUUUGCAUGGGUGUAUACUUUCAGAGAUUCAGGCUCCACCAGAAAGCAGACAAAUUUUUAGCAGUGAGUUGAAGAGAGUUGGCAUCGAAGGUGCUAAAGUGUUGCGCGAGCUUGGGGAUUUAAUGAAGACGAUGACAAAACUAAACAAACCAAAUUUUCUCUUUGAGGUCCAUGAAGCUGCUGAAGUGUUGCAGCAGAAGAUAGACCGGAAAUCAUACCUUCUGGUGAAUUCAGAAAGCUGGGAAGGUGCAGAGUUUCCUGAUGGAACGAAAGGAAAUCUAAACAGAACUAACAUCACAGAAUAUGAGAACAAUUGCUACACGACACGAUCUUAUGUCGAACCACCGUCAACAAGUAGCAAUAUUCACAGUUCAGUCACCAGCUUCACUGGUUCUCUGCCAAAGAUGGACUCGACGCUCCAAAGGCAGAUGCAAUGGCCUGCUAGGCAGUCAUUUAAUUCAGAAGUCAUGCGUAAUGGAGAAGAAUCAAGAACUUAUGAAAGUGCUAGUGCAUUGUCAUUGGCAACUUUUUCUUCACUUCUCAUUGAAUUUGUUGCAAGGCUUCAGAAUUUGGUGGAGGCAUUUCAAGAGCUGAGUGAAAAAGCCAAUUUCGAGGAGCCUGUAGAUGAGCCAAUAUUGGAGACUGCUGGGCUCUGGACCAGAAUUAGGAAGUUGUUUUUGAAGAACAAGGAACUAGCUUAGAGGGUGAAGGUUUUUGUCGAUUGAAGAUUUCCAUUGGAGUCUUUCUGAAGGAGAACCAUCUAACUUUAGAAAGAACUUUGAAAAAAAUUAUUAUAGGUAAAAAAAUCAAU